GGCUCUGAAAGAGUUCCAGCUGAAAUUUCAGACCGGACAGACUUGCUGGGGCUUCGGAGGCAGUGAAUGCAAGCUGCCGGCGCAUGCUGCCGCCAAGCUGCAGGAUGGUGCACGUAGCCAGGCCGCUGUUGCUGCUCCUCGCCUUCUUCCUCCGGGCCAAUGCUGAGAUACCUCCAAGGUUUACAAGAACUCCCGUUGAUCAGACAGGGGUCUCUGGUGGAGUUGCGUCUUUCAUCUGUCAAGCUACAGGAGACCCAAGACCUAAAAUUGUCUGGAACAAAAAAGGAAAGAAAGUCAGCAAUCAGAGAUUUGAGGUAAUAGAGUUCGAUGACGGAUCUGGAUCAGUUCUCAGAAUACAGCCCUUGCGGACUCCGCGGGAUGAGGCCAUUUAUGAAUGCGUGGCUUCCAACAAUGUGGGAGAAAUAAGUGUGUCCACCAGACUCACAGUUUUACGUGAGGAUCAGAUCCCCAGGGGCUUCCCCACCAUCGACAUGGGCCCACAGUUGAAGGUGGUCGAGCGUACGCGCACUGCCACCAUGCUGUGUGCAGCCAGUGGCAAUCCGGAUCCAGAAAUCACUUGGUUCAAAGAUUUCCUGCCCGUUGACACAAGCAACAACAAUGGUCGUAUUAAGCAGUUACGAUCAGGAGCGCUUCAGAUCGAACAGAGUGAAGAGUCCGAUCAAGGAAAAUACGAGUGUGUUGCCACCAACAGCGCGGGCACUCGCUACUCCGCCCCUGCCAAUUUAUAUGUCAGAGAGCUGCGAGAAGUUCGCCGUGUCCCACCAAGAUUCUCUAUCCCACCCACUAAUCAUGAAAUUAUGCCAGGUGGAAGUGUUAAUAUCACCUGUGUGGCAGUGGGGUCACCAAUGCCUUAUGUGAAGUGGAUGUUGGGGGCAGAAGACCUGACACCUGAAGAUGAUAUGCCAAUAGGAAGGAAUGUCCUAGAACUGAAUGAUGUCAGACAGUCGGCAAACUAUACCUGUGUUGCUAUGUCAACACUGGGUGUCAUUGAAGCAAUAGCACAGAUCACUGUCAAAGCCUUACCCAAGCCUCCAGGAACUCCAGUGGUGACUGAGAGCACAGCCACAAGCAUAACGCUGACGUGGGACUCUGCGAACCCUGAGCCUGUCUCUUACUACAUCAUCCAGCAUAAACCCAAAAAUUCCGAGGAACCCUACAAAGAAAUCGAUGGGGUGGCGACCACUCGCUACAGUGUUGCCGGACUUAGCCCCUACUCGGAUUAUGAAUUCAGGGUGGUUGCCGUCAACAACAUUGGGCGGGGGCCUCCCAGUGAGCCUGUGCUGACGCAGACCUCAGAGCAGGCACCGUCCAGUGCGCCGAGGGAUGUCCAGGCACGGAUGCUGAGUUCCACCACCAUUUUGGUGCAGUGGAAGGAGCCCGAGGAGCCAAAUGGACAGAUUCAGGGAUACAGAGUUUAUUACACGAUGGACCCUACUCAGCACGUCAACAACUGGAUGAAACACAAUGUAGCUGACAGCCAAAUCACCACCAUAGGCAAUUUAGUGCCCCAGAAGACAUACUCUGUCAAAGUCCUGGCUUUUACCUCAAUUGGAGAUGGUCCUCUUUCCAGUGACAUACAAGUCAUCACUCAGACAGGAGUACCAGGGCAGCCAUUAAACUUCAAAGCAGAACCUGAGUCUGAAACAAGUAUUUUGCUUUCUUGGACACCUCCGCGUUCUGACACGAUCGCCAGCUAUGAACUGGUCUACAAAGAGGGCGAACAUGGAGAGGAGCAGCGUAUUACUGUUGAGCCAGGGACAUCGUACAGGCUGCAGGGGCUGACACCGAACAGCCUGUACUACUUCCGUCUGGCUGCCCGCUCUCCACAAGGCCUGGGCGCUUCUACGGCAGAAAUAUCAGCCCGAACCAUGCAGUCAAAGCCGUCAGCUCCUCCUCAAGACAUUAGUUGUACCAGCCCAAGUUCCACUAGUAUUUUGGUAAGUUGGCAGCCUCCACCCGUGGAAAAGCAGAAUGGCAUUAUUACCGAGUACUCCAUCAAGUACGCGGCGGUGGACGGGGAAGACGACAAGCCUCACGAGGUUUUGGGAAUUCCUUCGGACACUACCAAAUACCUUUUGGAACAGCUGGAAAAAUGGACUGAAUACCGGAUCACUGUGACUGCCCACACAGAUGUCGGCCCUGGCCCUGAGAGCUUGUCCGUGUUGAUUCGAACCGAUGAAGAUGUUCCUAGUGGUCCUCCUCGCAAAGUCGAGGUAGAGGCUGUCAACUCCACGUCUGUUAAAGUCUCGUGGCGCUCACCGGUGCCCACUAAACAGCACGGCCAGAUCCGAGGAUACCAGGUGCACUACGUGAGGAUGGAGAAUGGUGAGCCCCAGGGCCAGCCCAUGCUGAAGGACGUCAUGCUGGCCGACGCACAGUGGGAAUUUGAUGAUACUACUGAACAUGACAUGAUCAUUUCUGGGCUACAGCCUGAAACCUCCUACUCCCUCACUGUCACAGCCUACACCACCAAAGGAGACGGAGCUCGCAGCAAACCCAAACUGGUGUCCACCACUGGGGCAGUUCCAGGGAAACCCCGGCUUGUGAUUAACCACACUCAAAUGAAUACUGCUCUCAUUCAGUGGCACCCUCCUGUGGACACAUUCGGACCCCUUCAGGGCUAUCGGCUAAAAUUUGGCCGCAAGGAUAUGGAGCCGCUCACGACUCUAGAGUUCUCUGAAAAGGAAGACCAUUUCACAGCUACGGACAUCCACAAAGGAGCAUCCUAUGUCUUCAGGCUCUCGGCCAGAAACAAAGUGGGCUUCGGGGAGGAGAUGGUGAAGGAAAUUUCUGUUCCAGAAGAAGUUCCAACUGGGUUUCCUCAGAACCUCCACUCGGAAGGGUCUACUUCAAGCUCCGUCCAGUUGUCAUGGCAGCCACCUGUCCUGGCAGAGCGAAAUGGCAUUAUCACCAAGUAUACCCUUCUAUAUAGGGAUAUCAACGCCCCCCUCCUUCCAAUGGAGCAACUGAUUGUUCCAGCUGAUACCUCUAUGACACUCACUGGCUUAAAACCAGAUACCACUUAUGAUGUAAAAGUACGUGCUCACACGAGCAAAGGGCCCGGGCCAUAUAGUCCCAGUGUCCAGUUCAGGACACUUCCUGUGGAUCAAGUGUUUGCAAAAAAUUUUCAUGUCAAAGCAGUUAUGAAGACUUCAGUGUUACUGUCUUGGGAGAUUCCAGAGAAUUAUAACUCUGCCAUGCCUUUCAAAAUUCUUUACGAUGAUGGGAAAAUGGUGGAAGAAGUGGAUGGCCGUGCCACCCAGAAGUUAAUUGUCAACCUAAAGCCGGAGAAGUCCUAUUCGUUUGUGCUAACAAAUCGUGGGAAUAGUGCGGGUGGGCUGCAGCACAGGGUGACAGCCAAGACCGCUCCCGAUGUGCUCCGCACCAAGCCUGCCUUCAUCGGGAAGACCAACCUGGAUGGCAUGAUCACAGUGCAGCUGCCGGAAGUUCCUGCCAAUGAGAAUAUAAAAGGUUACUACAUAAUAAUUGUGCCUUUGAAGAAAUCUCGUGGGAAAUUUAUCAAGCCAUGGGAGAGUCCAGAUGAAAUGGAAUUAGAUGAGCUACUUAAGGAGAUAUCUAGGAGACGCAGAAGCAUUCGUUACGGGAGAGAAGCUGAAUUAAAGCCAUACAUUGCAGCUCACUUUGAUGUCCUUCCCACCGAGUUCACCCUGGGGGAUGACAAACAUUAUGGUGGAUUUACAAACAAGCAACUCCAGAGUGGCCAAGAAUACGUCUUCUUUGUGUUAGCAGUGAUGGAGCACGCAGAGUCUAAGAUGUAUGCAACCAGCCCCUACUCUGACCCCGUCGUGUCCAUGGAUCUGGAUCCACAGCCAAUCACGGAUGAAGAAGAAGGCUUGAUCUGGGUCGUAGGUCCUGUCCUUGCGGUGGUCUUUAUCAUUUGCAUUGUCAUUGCCAUUCUUCUUUAUAAAAGCCAAACCACCAUUCAGUCCAUAUAUGAUAAUAACUCUCUCCCACGAUUCGCUCGAAAAGGGGAAGGCUGCAACCCCAGCCUCUACAAUCUGCUCCUAGUGGAAACAUUUUUGAAGUGGAGUUUGCUGUCUGGUGUGUCGUCAGUGGUUAUCGUCAGUGAGCCGUGGUGCAUGUCAUUUUUUGUGUCCAUGUUUGCAUGUGAAUAUCGGUCACCUACAGGUUCAGACGAUCCUGGUUACGCUGGUAACCUUCAUUCCUCAUGUAUGGCCAGCCAUCCCCCAAUACCAAUCUUGGAACUUGCUGAUCACAUUGAAAGGUUGAAAGCAAAUGACAACUUGAAGUUUUCCCAGGAAUAUGAGUCAAUCGACCCUGGCCAGCAGUUCACAUGGGAACAUUCAAACUUGGAAGUAAACAAACCAAAGAAUAGAUAUGCAAAUGUGAUUGCAUAUGACCAUUCUCGGGUUCUCCUAUCAGCAAUAGAAGGAAUCCCAGGAAGUGACUAUGUGAACGCCAACUACAUAGAUGGCUAUCGGAAGCAAAAUGCCUACAUUGCAACGCAAGGAUCUCUUCCUGAGACAUUUGGGGACUUUUGGAGAAUGAUAUGGGAGCAGCGGAGUGCCACAGUCGUCAUGAUGACCAAACUGGAAGAAAGAUCCAGGGUAAAGUGUGACCAGUACUGGCCGAGCAGGGGCACAGAAACCCACGGCCUGGUCCAGGUGACACUGCUGGAUACCGUCGAGCUGGCCACAUACUGUGUUCGAACAUUUGCACUUUACAAGAAUGGUUCCAGUGAGAAGAGAGAAGUGAGACAGUUCCAGUUCACCGCCUGGCCUGAUCACGGUGUUCCCGAGCACCCCACGCCUUUUCUGGCUUUCUUACGGAGAGUCAAAACCUGUAACCCUCCAGACGCAGGUCCGAUGGUUGUGCACUGCAGUGCGGGAGUCGGCCGGACUGGUUGUUUCAUUGUAAUAGAUGCCAUGUUGGAAAGAAUAAGGCAUGAAAAAACUGUAGAUAUUUAUGGCCAUGUAACUUUAAUGAGAGCCCAGAGGAAUUACAUGGUUCAAACAGAAGACCAAUACAUCUUCAUCCACGACGCACUGUUAGAAGCAGUGACUUGUGGAAAUACCGAAGUGCCAGCUAGAAACUUGUAUGCCUACAUCCAGAAGCUGACACAGAUAGAGACGGGGGAGAACGUCACGGGGAUGGAGCUCGAAUUCAAGCGUCUAGCCAGCUCAAAAGCUCACACCUCAAGAUUCAUCAGUGCCAAUCUUCCAUGUAAUAAAUUCAAAAAUCGCCUUGUUAAUAUUAUGCCAUAUGAGUCCACAAGGGUAUGCCUACAGCCUAUCCGCGGAGUAGAAGGAUCUGACUACAUCAAUGCCAGUUUUAUUGAUGGAUACAGGCAGCAGAAAGCAUACAUCGCUACGCAGGGGCCCUUGGCGGAGACCACGGAAGACUUCUGGCGCAUGCUCUGGGAGCAUAAUUCCACCAUAGUUGUGAUGCUUACCAAGCUGCGUGAGAUGGGAAGAGAGAAGUGUCACCAAUACUGGCCAGCAGAACGAUCUGCAAGAUACCAGUAUUUUGUUGUAGAUCCCAUGGCUGAGUACAACAUGCCACAGUACAUCCUAAGGGAAUUCAAGGUCACGGAUGCCAGGGAUGGCCAGUCCCGGACGGUGCGGCAGUUCCAGUUCACGGACUGGCCAGAGCAAGGAGUGCCUAAGUCGGGAGAAGGGUUCAUUGACUUCAUCGGCCAAGUCCAUAAAACAAAGGAACAGUUUGGCCAAGAUGGACCCAUUUCAGUCCAUUGCAGUGCGGGUGUUGGAAGAACUGGUGUCUUCAUAACACUGAGCAUUGUUUUGGAAAGAAUGAGAUACGAAGGCGUUGUAGAUAUAUUCCAGACUGUCAAAAUGUUAAGAACACAACGGCCAGCCAUGGUACAGACAGAGGAUCAGUACCAGUUUUGCUACCGAGCCGCGCUGGAAUACCUGGGCAGCUUUGAUCACUAUGCAACAUAGAAAGCCCUCAGCCCUUCCGGAUUCCUACUGCAGGCCCUUCAGUACCCAUGGAGUCUCCUCUGAGCCAUACAGGGCACUUGAGAAGUCCUUCUUAACUUCCAACUAACAACCACUCAGUGGGACUAUUACAUACACAACCAGUUAAAAAUCAACUAUUCCAGGUGGACCAAGAAUUCAGUUUAAUAAUCUAACCAGAAAAAUAAUAAAGAGAAUCCUGACUUAUGAGGCAUCUGAAGGAUUUUAUCAACAGAUGCCUCAAGGAUUCAACAUAAAGGGAAGAAGAAAUCAUAGCAAAGAACCACCGUCUUGUUCGAGAUUGCUUGACAGGUACCAAGAGAGAUCACCGGAACGCUACAGUUCAGCGCAAGGUGUUUGCUGGUGUAGCUUCACGGAAUACAGUGGACUCUGCUCCGACCCUGCCCCUUCCCACCAUACCACUCAUAAUAAGAUUUUAAGAGUUAAGGGUGGGGAAUGUUUAAAGAGAAAGUCCUUGAUUUAGUUUUUUAGUAUUGUAAAGAUACUGCUGACCUGUGCUUCAUUUCUAACCGUGUAUACUUUUUUUUUAACAAAAUGUAUCAUUCGAUAAAGUGAAUUUUAAAAAAGUUACAUAACUCUUCAUUUUUUUUAUUUCCAAACUGUAGGUUUUUUUUAAGCUGUAGAACUGUUAUCUGUAAUAUCUUGCUGUAGAAAUAUCAAAUAAUUUGAAAAUUUGCACAUUUUUGUGCAACACUUAAUCUCCAGUUUUGGUCUCAUCAGAUUUUAGUUUGACACUUCUGUUCGGUUUGUAAUGAAUGCAAAAGUACCCAUUCUCUUUAAAGGAUCAACGAGCAUUCAAUCUUGUUUUGCUUUUGGAAUCAACAGGGAGGCGCAAAGUAUAAAGUUGCUGCUAACAUAUAUACAUAUAUAUCCAUAUUUUGUAAGGGUGUCUAUGUAUAUAUAGACAGUGUGUCCACACACAAGUUAGAGUUAGCUGUCAUUCAGUUCUUUCAUGGUUUAGUUUUCUUUUAAAGAGUAGAAAAGCUAUUAUGAACAUCUUUUUUUCAAUUCUUGCGUUUAUGCCAUAUUGGGAUUUCUUAUAUCAUAAAAUUUUACUUUUCUAAAGGGAAAUGAGGAAUGCACAUCAGUGAUUGUCAAACCUCACCCCUGACGUCCAGCCCGGGCGCCCUCCAUCCACCCAGUCACGUUCCCAAAUCCCACGGUGUUAGCCAGAUUUCCAACAAAGUUCACUAUUCCUAAUGACCUAGUGCAAUAACAAAUUAUUAAAUAUCUAAGAGGUGUGCAUGUGGGAAAAGGUCAGUGCAUAUCCCUUUAGGAAGGGAGAAUGUUGUAAUAUAUCAGCUAUCGAGUUGUUUAAAAAAGUGUAUUCAAUCAUAUAUUGUCUAUAGUAUGUGCUAUGAAAUUUGCAUUUAUGAUACGUAACAGGGGCAAAGCCAAACUCAUUUUACUCUGUUAAGUAAGAAACACGUUGUGGCGUACAGCAUUCCUGGGAAGUGCUGUACUUUAUUUUGGUUUGUUUUUAGUUUUGCAUUUAGAGUGCCUUAUAAUUGAUGCCUAUUUUAAUAACAUUUCUUUUUAGCUUUGGGUUCAUAUUGCCAUUAGUUGUUCAUGUUUGUUACCCUUUCCAUUAAAGCAUUCAGUGCUUACCAUAUGUACAGAAACUCUUUGAAUAAUAUGCAUUCCUAGUUUUCAGCCAAGUCGGGGAUGUCAGUGAUUGUACCUGCCCAAAGCACUUGGAUAAUCAGGGCUCUUCUGUUCAUAAUCGUCAGGAACAGCUACUCAUUUUGUUUAUAAUCCCGCCCAAUCCUGCUCUGAAACAUGCAGUAACUGCACCAAAUUUAGUUUAGUUAACACAUACAUUGGCAACUUUAGGAUGUGUUUGAUAUUUUUUAGGAUUUCUCUGAACGUGGAAAUAACAUAUCUCCCCCAAAUCCUCCAACAUAUAUUCUUUAGGAAGCCAUGAAUGGUGACAUGAGUUCACCACGUCUUACAUGAGUUUAAAGAACUCUCCCAAACUCCUAAAAACUCUAAAAGAGUUUUGAUAUAGGUGUAAUAUUUGGUUAUUUUAGCAUCAUGUAUGUUCUGCAUAGAAGGGUGUUCAUUUUCACAUUUUUCCCAUCACUAGCAGAAUAAAUCCAAGAGACCAAACACUUGCAAGCAUCAUAUUUGAACACUUUUAUAAAAAAAAACAAAAAAAAGAAAAAAAUAUAUGUAAUACUUAAAAAAAAAAGUAUCUAGAAGGCUACCUCAGAGUGAGACUCUUAACCUACAUCAGAACCAGAGAAGAAUGUGCACUACAUGGGUCUGUUGUUUUCUUUUAGUUUGUACCUUUGGAAGAUUUAUCCAAGUGCCAGAUUACUCAGUGCUAUAAUUUUCUUUUAGUGAGAUGAAGGGGGUGAGACAAUGUGUCAACAAGACAUGCCAUGUUGGACAAGUAGAACCUGACACAGUAUUGCACACCAGAAUGAUUGGCCAAUGAACAGUUUGUCUCCCUGAAACAAAAACUGCCCAUGCGGCAGAGGAAAGGUGACACUAAUCACAAAAAGAAAAUGAAUGGGAUGCAUACCAUAGAGGAGCGUGGCAGAGACUAUUCCAGAAAUCUUACUAUUCAGGAGCUGUUCCCAGACUAACUCCCUUCCUGUCAUUGAUGUGCAUUCCACUCUGUACUUUUCUGUACAAUCAUUUGAGUUUUAAUUUCCCAGGUAAACACCUUUAUCUACCAUUUCCAUAAACUUUCAAGUUUCCAGUUAUUUUCACCACCAUAACCAGUACGGUGCUAUUAUUUACCUAUGUAUGUGUAGUUAUGUAUAAUUUUGUAAUUAGUUACAAUGGUAAAAAUCAAAAUAUAUAAAAAGUGAUUUGUACAGAACUUUAUUUUAGCUCUUUUUUAAAAAUGAUUUGCAUGGUUAGACAAAACGGCGAGGACAGCCAGGGGAGGGAAGGGCCUCUAGGGAACUUUGCACUUUCUAUACCUUUGUACUAUGCACUGCCCUAUUGAUUCUACACCCAAUAAUGUUAUUACUUGAACCCAUCUGUAAGAAACUGCUUCCAAAAUUCAUUUAUGUGUGUGAGUAAAUAACACAACUUAGAAACAGGAAAGAAAAAAAGUGUGCAGUAAUGCACACACUUUUUUCUCUUUCCUGAUUUUUGUUUCGCUUUCUUUUGGUCCCUCCUUUUACUUUGAAUUCUCCUUUCAUCUUGCUUUUGGGCUUCGGUUUCCUUUGGGUUCAUGGGUGCCCCUGAUACUCCAGCAGAGAUCAGAAGGCUGCAGAUCCAUCCUCUCCAUCCGUUACGUGGCUUUGCCAUCCAAGCUUGGAGUGUCUUUACAAAGAAAAUACAGUCGUGUUCUUUGCUCUUGUUUUGGAUGCAUAGACUGAAAACUUAAAAUAACUUGUAAAAUGGCUUGUUAAAAAAUACAAUUACCUCUAAUUAGUAGUACGCGUAAAUGUUUUACAGAAUGAAAGGCGUGCUUUUUAUUUUCUUACUUCGUUACAUUGGUGGCGAAAGAAGUCUGUAUGAAAAUCAGUUCUUUGCUGACACAAGUUCCAUUUGUUACAAAUGAAUUCUAAUAAAAAUGUCAGUGUUAUGCA